UCUAUCGUCUACGUAGCAGCAAUGGCGCCGAGAAGUUUAGCACCCGCCAUCGCGAUCUUCCUCGCCGCCCUCCUCCUCAUCGCCUCCUCCUCCCCCGCAGCAUCAGCAGCGAGGUCGCCGCCGCCGUCCACCGCCAAGCACCACACCCAGGCGGCUUCGGACGCCGGGACGACGAAACCGGCGCCCCAGGAGCGCGACAUCCCGGCGGUGUUCGCGUUCGGCGACUCGACGCUGGACCCGGGCAACAACAACCGGUUCACGACGCUCGUCCGCGCCGACCACGCGCCCUACGGCCGGGACUUCCCGGGGGCAGUCCCCACGGGCCGCUUCUCGGACGGCAAGCUCAUCACGGACUACAUCGUGUCGGCGCUCGGCAUCAAGGACCUGCUCCCGGCGUACCACGCGCCGGGGCUCACCCACGAGAACGCCACCACGGGGGUCAGCUUCGCGUCCGGCGGGUCCGGGCUCGACGACCUCACCGCGCGCAACGCCAUGGUAUCCACCUUCUCGUCCCAGAUCGCCGACUUCCAGCAGCUCAUGUCCCGGAUCGGCGAGCCCAAGGCCUCCGACGUCGCCGGCAAGUCAUUGUUCAUACUGUCGGCCGGGACCAACGAUGUCACCACCAACUACUACCUCAUGCCCUUCCGCCUCCUCAACUUCCCCAUCAUCGACGGCUACCAUGACUACCUCAUCAGCGCUUACCAAUCUUACAUCCAGAGCCUGUACAAGCUGGGAGCUAGGAGGUUCAUCGUGGCGGGGAUGCCGCCGGUGGGGUGCUUGCCGGUGCAGAAGAGCCUGAGGGGGAUGCAGCCGCCGCUGUCGUCCGGGAAGGGCUGCUUCGAGCUGCAGAACCAGGAGACGCAGAGGUACAACGCUAAGCUCCAGAAGAUGCUGGUAGCGCUGGAGGCCGAAUCGCCCGGCGCCAGCUUCAACUACGUUGACAUCUACACCCCGCUCAAGGACAUGGUCACCAAUCCAACGAAAUACGGUUUCACGAACGUGGAGCAGGGGUGCUGCGGGACGGGGAUGCUGGAGAUGGGGGCGCUGUGCACCAGCUUCCUGCCGCAGUGCAAGUCGCCGUCGCAGUUCAUGUUCUUCGACUCCGUCCACCCGACGCAAGCCACCUACAAGGCCAUCGCCGACCAGAUCAUCAAGAACCAUAUUUCGCAGUUCACUAACAAUAGAAUAUAGAAGUUUUUUUUUGAAACUAGUCUAUAUUAUAGGUGCGAAAUUGUACCAAGAACCAGCACAAUGUGAAGCUCGUUCCGUGUACAUACCGAAGUUCGUUGAUUAGGUGGUUAUUA